AUGCGCGACGACGCCAAAGACAACCCAGUGUCCAGCUCGAACUCGCACCUGGACACCUCAUUCGGCGACGACCCAUCCAGCCGGCACAUGCACGGAGACGACUCCUGGAAGUUCCGAGCACCAUACCAAAUCCAGAAAGACGACGAAUUCGGGCCCGUGAAGUGGGAGGCGAUGUGUCACUGCGGGAAUGUGCAAUACCAGAUCAAGCAGGAGCGUCCGUUGGCGGCAAAGUAUUGCCAUUGUCGAGCUUGUCAGGUUCUCCACGCUGCACCGUUCCAAUGGUGCGCCAUCUUCCGCAAAACCGACAUUCGAUUCAAAAAAGGCACUGACUCACUCAUGUUCUACUCCUCGCACGAAAAGACCGCCUUGGCUUCGACUGCCUUGGCCGUCACCUCCAUCAGCGAUGAUGAGAUGACCACCUAUCUAAACGACGGCGCUGUCGACCUCGCCUACAACUAUGCGCCCAUGUGGUUUUUUGGGCAGGCAAUGGAUGAGGCCCCUUGUUAUCCUGUCUGGGCGUUCGGUGGCAAUGUCUCGACGCCGGAUAUUUAUGAUCCCGCAGAUCAUACUCCCCUGGCACCUCAAUGCGAAUACCCAGAUGUUGGAUGUGGUUGCCGCCAGCCUGAUGUACCUAUUAACAAUCCUGGGCCUGCGUUCCCGAUUUAUUACACUUUCGAACAGUGCAAUGCCACCGAAGUUCGUGUCGUCUAUAACCUAUUUUAUCAGAAGGAUGGCGCCGAGGUGGCUGAUGUCAUUGACACAGGCCAUGACUACGACUGGGAACGAGUAAUCAUCAUCCAUUCCAAGGAUACAGCCAGCAACACUUGGGCUCCAAGUCGAGCAUUGCUUUCAGCUCACAGUGGAUAUCAUGACCUGGCAUGGGGCGACAUACAAAACACCCUAACCACAGAUCAAGUCAACGCCGGCGAUGCAAUCAACCCUAACGGUGUCCAGAACAACGAUCACCCAAAAGUGUACGUGUCGUGGUCCAAGCACGCCAAUUUUGACACCCGAAAUACUGGGUGGAAUGACCCAAUCAGCCAGUCAACAGAUAAUGCUUUCCGAAGCGAGGACUGGUGGCACUUUGUCGAUGCACAAUAUUAUAUCCGCUCAGAUAACUCGMCCGCCGCAGGCCAAGCCUUGGGGUCAGUGGAUUGGGGCAGUGCCAGUAGCAACCCCCCAUCGGUUCAAGCAACUCUUUGUACGCAACAAGCCUUGAUAGCUCAAGCUGUGAAGAACAGCUAA